GCGGGGGCGGCAGGAGGGGAGUCGCGGCCCCGGUCUGUCGGGGGGCGGGGGCGGCAGGGAGGGUGUUGUGUCUAACCCCUUAGCUGCGUUGGGAUGAGUUGAGGGGGUGCCUGGUGUCUCCUGUGAGGGAGCACAGUGGGUGGCGGGGCCCCGAGACCGGCUGGUGAGGGGGCGGCAGGUGCAGCCAUGGCCUCCAUCCUGGACGAGUACGAAGAUUCGCUGUCCCGCUCUGCCUCCCUGCAGCAGAGCCGCGCCAAUGUGGGCAUCCCGCACUCUGGGUAUGUGAAUGCUCGGCUGGAGAAGGAGACUCCAGUAUUUAACAAGCAAAGGAUUGAUUUCACUCCUCCAGAGAAAAUUAAUAGUCUUGUGGUCUCCUGUAACCAGCUCUGUAUGAGCCUUGGCAGAGACACCCUUUUCAGGAUUGAUCUUGGCAAGGCAGAUGAACCUAAUCAGGUAGAGCUGGGACGCAAGGAUGAAGCCAGAGUCUACAAGAUGUUUUUGGACCACACAGGAUCUCACCUUGUGAUUGCACUGAACACUAGUGAAUGCCUGUAUUUGAACAGAAGUGUUCAGAAGGUGCGGACGCUUUCCCGCUGGAAAGGUCACUUGAUUGAAAGUGUGGGCUGGAACAAGUUUCUGGGUUCAGAGACUAACACUGGUCCUAUCCUGGUGGGGACAGCCCAGGGCCAAAUAUACGAGGCUGAGAUCUCUGUCAGCGAGGGAAGUCUCUUCAGCACUAAUCCGGACCAGUAUUUCCGACUGGUCUAUUCCUUAGAGGAAGAGGCAGGGCCGACCCAAGUCUGCUGUCUGGAAAUAGAGCGAGGGCUCGACGGGAAAUGUUUUAUCAUUGCCACUACUCGUAAGAGACUCUUCCAGUUUGUUGGCAAAGUGCCUGAGGGGACAGAGCAGCAGGGCUUUGGCUUCGUGUUUGGCAUGCAUGCAGACCACUUGCCCAGCUUCCGAGAGUUCCCAGCCAGCUUUGGCUACAGCGAAAUAGCAUUUUACACGCCAAAGCUGCGCUCCUCCCCACGCUCCUUUGCCUGGAUGAUGGGAAAUGGUGUCUUGUAUGGUACAUUGGACUAUGGACGGCCCGACUCUAUUCUGAGUGAUGAACGGGUCUGGGAGUAUCCCUCUGAUGUAGACAUGGCAGCUAACAAACCGAUCUCCAUAGUGCUUACUCAGUUCCACUUCCUGCUGCUACUGCCUGACAGAGUGAAGGCUGUGUGCACUCUGAAUGGGCAGGUUGUCUUCCAAGACUUGUUCUUGGAGAAGUUUGGCUCGUUGAAGCGCAUGAUCAAAGAUCCCACAGUUGGGCAGAUCUGGAUCCACACGGAGAAAGUUGUAUUCCGCUACCAUGUACAACGGGAAUCGAGAGACGUGUGGAAGAUGUACAUGAACAUUAACAAGUUUGAUCUGGCCAAAGAGUACUGCAAAGACCGUCCUGAGUGCCUGGAUAUUGUGUUGGCAAGAGAGGCAGAACACUCCUUCCAAAACAAGAGGUACCUAGAUAGUGCCAAGUGCUAUGCACUGACCCAGAACUACUUUGAAGAGAUUGCCCUUAAGUUCAUUGAAGCCAAGCAGGAGGAGGCAUUGAUGGAGUUUCUGCUCAAGAAACUGGCCAGCUUAAAGUCCUCUGAAAAGACCCAGACAACUUUGCUGACCACCUGGUUAACAGAGCUCUACUUGAAUCGGUUAGGUGCUCUGGAAGGGGACACCUCGAAAAGGAAUCUGUAUGAUGAGACUCGGGAGAAGUUCUGCAGCUUCCUGAGCAGCCCCAGAAACAAAGAGUGCUUGUUCAAUAACCGAGCAUCCAUCUAUGAGUUGCUAGCAAGCCAUGGGGACACGGAACACAUGGUCUAUUUUUCAGUUAUUAUGCAGGACUAUGAGAGAGUGGUAGCCCAUCACUGCCAGCAUGAUGACUAUGAUGAAGCCCUAAAUGUCCUUACCAGACACAGAGAUGAGAAGCUCUUUUACAAGUUCUCUCCCGUCCUGAUCCAGCACAUCCCCAAGAAGGUGGUUGAUGCUUGGAUCUCUAUGGGCACGAAACUGGAUGCCAGGAAGCUAAUACCUGCCCUCGUCAAUUACAGCCAAAGUGGGAGCACCCAACAGAUCAGUGAAGCUAUUCGAUACAUGGAAUUCUGUGUGUGUGAGCUGGAGGAAACGGAGCAAGCCAUUCACAACUACCUGUUGUCUCUCUAUGCUUUGUGUCGGCCAGACUCGCUGCUAUCAUACCUCGAACAAGCAGGAACCAACCCUAACAGGAUCCACUAUGACCUGAAGUAUGCGCUUCGGCUGUGUGCAGAGCAUGGACACCACCGAGCCUGUGUCCAUAUUUACAAAGUGAUGGAGUUAUAUGAGGAAGCAGUGGAUCUAGCUCUGCAGGUGGAUGUGGAUCUAGCAAAGUCCUGUGCAGACCUCCCUGAAGAGGAUGAGGAACUCCGGAAGAAGCUCUGGCUGAAAAUUGCUCGCCACGUGGUCCAGGAAGAGAAGGAUGUCAAGAAGGCCAUGGCAUGCCUUUCUAGCUGCAACCUAUUAAAGAUUGAAGAUGUCCUGCCCUUCUUCCCCGACUUUGUCACCAUUGACCAUUUCAAGGAGGCUAUUUGCAACUCUCUGGAGGACUACAACAGGCACAUCGAGGAGCUGAAGAGAGAGAUGGAGGAAGCUACACAGAGUGCCAAGAGAAUCCGGGAGGACAUCCAGGAGAUGAGAAACAAAUAUGGCUCUGUGGAGCCUCAGGAAAAGUGUGCAGCCUGUGACUUUCCACUCCUAAACCGCCCUUUCUACCUUUUCCUUUGCGGCCACAUGUUCCACUAUGACUGUCUGUUCCAGGCAGUUUUUCCAAACCUGCCUGCCUACAAGCAAGCUAAGCUAGAAGACCUUCAGAAGAAGCUGGGAGCCACAAGCCAGCCCUCCAAAGCCCAUCAUCGUCCCAAGGACACAGAUGCCACUAGCUUGGGGAAGGGACAGCAGAGUCGGGAACAGAUCAAGGCAGACAUCGAUGAUAUUGUGGCAGCUGAAUGUGUGUACUGUGGGGAGCUGAUGAUCCGGUCUAUUGACAAGCCUUUCAUUGACCCACAGAAGUAUGAAGAGGAGAGGCAGAGUUGGCUGUAGGGUCACACAGUUAUUGUUUGAGGCUGCACAUGAACACACAACUUUUGAGCCAUAGGUCAUGUCCACUGCCUGUGAAACGUGCAUAUUAGGAAUUAGUCUCUAGAAAACUGAAAACAAAUGGAUUCGAUAGAGCUCUAAGGAGAGAGCAGGUAGGUACUGUUAUUUGGAAAACAAUGAGUUAGUCCUGGAGGACAUGAGAGAAAUGGUCACGGUUGUCUAAGAAUUGGAAGAUUAAUUUCUGCUAAUGCCUCAGAACUUCCUCUGGCUUCUCUCUGAAGGUGAGCUUGAGCUUGCCUCUUGAAGCUAUUCUUAUGAGAAGAUAAGAGUGCCUCAUUGCCCAGAGAGAAACUGGGAACAGAAAAAUGAUCUCAUUCAGUUGGACUGCUUCCCCAUUUUAUAGUAUUAAUUCAGAUGAAGACUGGGGUGAUGAGAAGAAGCAGUGAGGAGUGUUUGGUGGCAUAGACUUUCAUUCAUCACUUUCAAAUUGGGAAUUGCUUUUGGUUUGCUUCCUAAUGAGAUUGUUUAGCCAGCUUUGCUGACAGAAAUGUAAAAGGAAGGCAAUAGCUUUGCAUUUACAUGUAUGUCUGCAAAUAUCUGUUAUGUUACACAAAUGCAUGGUUCUGCACAAUAACAUAAAAACGUGAUUCCUAAGCAGCA